AGCGUACAAAGCUUCUUCUUUUUUUCUUUCUCUCGGCUCGGUACUCGCCAGAGAAAAUGGUUCCUUGGGGGCCGCUGCAGCGGCAAUUAAUGACGUACCUAGCGCGUCAUCCGCAGUUUCAGAAGGCAAUCAAAAAUGCGAGCCAGCGGGUGGUGGCACAUUCAACGUUUCAGAAGGCGAAGAAAAGUGUUUAUUCCGCUUUUGAGAAGGCGGGCGAAAAUGCGGCUCGUGGAGCGAGCACGGCCGGACAAGGUGCCGGGAGAGGUGCUAGUGAGUCUACUUUUGGACGAUGGAAGCGCAAAUCUGCAGAGCAGUGGCAAACGCAUUUGGUCAAAGCGGCAAGCUUCAUCUUUGCGAAUUUCAUGACCCUUUUGAUCCUGAUCCAAUUCGGGCCAAUGCUCUGGCACUAUUGCAAGAAUGGCGUGCUUUAUCUUACCAGCGCCAACCAGACCCCCGAAAAGGAACACGGCGAGAAGCGACGGAGGAAAAGGAGCGAAAAGACGGAAAGUGCAGAGACGACCUUUCAAAUCGAAGCAGCAGACGGUAGUAUGCGUCGCGCAAUUCUACAAAGUGUGCCCCAGCCGGUGGGCAAAGGCAGUUGCGCAUCGGAGCCCGCUCCACCAGCGGCACCUUCGCGCUCUCAAUGGAGUCCGUCUUCCUCUCUCUUUGACGACACCACCGAGGUUGGGAAGAGCGCCGAUGUGCAGCAGACUUUCAACAGCAUGCACAAUGAUGUCUUCCGCACACCGGAUGGAGGCGCGCAGAUUGAUUUCAAUACAUCCUUUCUGGUCAAGAUGGGAGACGAGACGACGUUUACGUCCUCCCUUGAGCGUGAAGGUCUGACUGGUAGCACAGUGUCUCGCUCAUAG